AUGUCGUACUAUGACUUGGACGCGAUCCUCACGGACGCCGAGAAGGUCCCCUGCAAGUUCGAGAUCGAGGUACCCGAUCUUGGCUACCUCGACAACAACCCGUCCCACCCGCUGAAGGCGCACACGCCCGUCUCCCUGCCCUUGUGGCUGGCCGAGCUCCUCGCCAUCGCCAACCGCUCCGCCAACUCGCAGGACUCGUCGCCCUUCCUCACCCUCUCUAUGCCCCAGACGCUCUCCAGCGAGGUCACAUCCGCCCUGAAGGCCGACCCGCGCGCCGUGCCCCUGCGUGACCAGUCGCACAAUUUUUACGCCCUGGCCACGCGCAUGAUGGAGAUAUUCGAGGAUCCGGACAUGUGUGCCGUGCUGCGACGCACCUUUGUCACGAGGGCCGGAGAGACGGCCCUGCAUGCGAGGAAAGCCGGUGUCAGUGACGACUACAAGGUUGCCGGCGGCGAGGACUUCAUGAGAGGCCUCGAGGCUUGGGAGCGUGCCCUGUUCCUGAGGGCUCACGACGGAGCCAAGGACUCCAAGGUUUGGAUGGAGGGGGUCAAGAAGUAG